AUGACCAAGUUCACCGUCAACGUCACCUCGGACACGGUGUGUCCCUGGUGCUUCGUCGGCCGCCGGCAACUCCAGUUGGCCGAGCAGAUCUGGAAGCAACGAUACCCCGAUUCCAACGACACUUUUGUUGUGAGCUACAGCCCGUUCCAGCUGAACCCGAAUGGACCGAGGGGCCCGGGGUCCAGCAUAUCCAAGGAGCGAUUCUAUGCGGAGAGGUUCGGCGCGGAGCGGGCGCAGAUGAUGCACCAGCGCCUCAAGGGCAUUGGAGAGGCAGUGGGCAUCAACUUCAAGUUUGGCGGGCAGACCGGCAGCUCAAGAGACUCGCACCGUCUGGUCCGCUUGGCCAAGAAGUAUGGGCACGAGGCCGAGGGCAAGACCAUCGACGGGCUCUUCGCCGCCUACUUCGAGAAGGAGCGCGACAUCACGGCCUAUGACACACUCCAGGGCAUCGCGGCCGACGCGGGCAUCCCCGAGGAGGAGUUCCAGAAGGCCAUUGUUGAGAGCGACGAGGGUGGCGCGGAGGUCGACAACGCUGCCAAGCAGGCGAGGAUGGAUGGCGUAUCCGGCGUCCCGGACUAUGUGGUUCAGGGCCAGUUCAGGCUGGAGGGCGCAAACGAUCCGAUGAACUUCAUUCGGGUGUUCGAGAAGGUUAAGGCGAAGGAAGCGCAGACUGGUGCGGCGAACUAA